AUGGUGGUUUCGGGCUUUGCACAAAUCCAGGCCCAGUUGCAGUACAGGGCUUCUGGUUGUGGUACCGAGGUGACGCUGCUCACGGUCAAGCUUGCCAAGCCACAGCGCGAGCGCCGGCGCAAUCUCCUCCAGGUGGCGAAGGAGAUCAAGAGCAAAGUGAAGCAAGAAGUGAAGCGUGAGAUCAAGCAGGAGCUGAGUCUGAAAUGCGACCACGCUUGGACAACUCAGACCGGCCUGAAGCGGGAGCAUGUGGAGGAGGCCAAGCACGGGUGCUCGGUCAAGCAGGAAGGAGCCGCGGUUCCUCCUAGCAAGAGGUGCUGUAUCAACCACACAAGGCCUGCGUCGUUUGAGUCGCGACUACCAGAGUGGGCUGAGAAAUGCCUAGCAUUUCAAAGCUCUGGCAAGACGUGGCUGCCCACGAAGCCUUGCUGCCCAGCCAGCCCUUUCCUCGGCUUGGCAGCUGCGCCGUGGGAAGGACGUGAGGGGAAUGUGGCGAAAGCGUGUGUGCUGCGCCUCAGCAAGGUGCAGUUCUUCGAGUUGCGCGACUUCUUCCACGAGAACCCGCACCAUGCCCUCUUCAAUGAUUACAAGGACCCCAGCGGCGCAGUGCAGGUGGAGAGGGCGCACGAACCCAAACCUCCGCACUUGCAGGAUGCAGCUGCGAAGCAUCAUGCAGCGGAGACGAUGAAGUGGCCCUGGGCUUGGGCCGGCCACGGCAUGCUGCCCGAGGAGGAUGGCAUGCGCAAGCUCAGGGUUACGGCAGGGAGCUCCGCCAUGAAGGGCCUCAAGACCUUCGAGACAUUGGGCGCUGUGCCCGCGGUGCUUACGAAGCCGACGAAGCCUUUCCCCGGCCUGGAGCGCCAGACCGGGGUGCAAGGGCUGUCAUGGCACCGACAGCUGGGAUGCUGGUGCGUCUCCUUCCGAAAGGCCGAUGAGGCCGGCGAGCGGCGCCGGAUCAGCGUCCCCAUCUCCAAGCACUUAAAGGAGGGCCUCUCUGAGGACGAGGCGGUGGCGGCCGCGCUGGCGGAGGCCAAGGCGCACCGCGCGGAGCUGGUGCGCCAGGGCAAGCUGAAGCCCCCGAAGCUCGUCACCGCCAAAGCCACCGGAUCCACAGUGAGGGGCGCCAAAUACCAGGCUGUACUAACCAAGCAGGAGCAAGGCUGUGCCAUGAAGGGCCUCGAGACCUUCGAGGCCUUCGGCACUGUGCCCGAGGAAGCCCCCGGUGCUUCAGCCGAAGGCCAGGUCGUUACGAGGAGCUUCUGCGGUCUGGAGCGCCCGAGUGGGGUGCAGGCAAUUUCGUGGAACAGGGCUUGGCAGCUGAGCUGGAAAGAAGCCGGGAAGACGUACAAGGUUUCGUUCCCCAUCUCCAAGCACAUCAAGCAGGGCCUCUCUGAGGACGAGGCGGUGGCGGCCGCGCUGGCGGAGGCCAAGGCGCACCGCGCGGAGCUGGUGCGCCAGGGCAAGCUGAAGCCCCCGAAGCUCGUCACCGCCAAAGCCACCGGAUCCACAGUGAGGGGCGCCAAAUACCAGGCUGUACUAACCAAGCAGGAGCAAGGCUGUGCCAUGAAGGGCCUCGAGACCUUCGAGGCCUUCGGCACUGUGCCCGAGGAAGCCCCCGGUGCUUCAGCCGAAGGCCAGGUCGUUACGAGGAGCUUCUGCGGUCUGGAGCGCCCGAGUGGGGUGCAGGCAAUUUCGUGGAACAGGGCUUGGCAGCUGAGCUGGAAAGAAGCCGGGAAGACGUACAAGGUUUCGUUCCCCAUCUCCAAGCACAUCAAGCAGGGCCUCUCUGAGGACGAGGCGGUGGCGGCCGCGCUGGCGGAGGCCAAGGCGCACCGCGCGGAGCUGGUGCGCCAGGGCAAGCUGAAGCCCCCGAAGCCCAUCACCGCGCAAGCAGCAGGAGAAGGAGAAGGUUACAACCAGCGUUGGCUCGAGGUCGAGGAGCAUGGCUUUACGGACCUGACCUGGUUGCAUCCGCAGACAGGCUGGGCCACGGCGGCAACUGGUCUCUAUGCUUUCGAUAUGGUCCGCUUCUUUGGCCUCGUGAAGCCGACGUCCUCGGAGGCCUUGAUUGCAAUCUUGAUCUACCUGGGGCUCUAUGCCUCUCGCUACGAGGAGAUUGCAAAAAUGGACAAGCACUACCAGGUGAGCUUCUACGCGUCUUGCGGGUGGACUUUCUACGCCCUGGAGCCUCGUCUGUGA